AUGGAGAUAUUUACUGACGAUGCCGUCUACGAUGCCGGUGAAACGUCUGGGAAUGUAACACGUCCACGGUCCGACUUUGGAAAUGAUCAUGCAGACAAUGGAUUUCGGACUAGGAGUUGUAACUUGGUGCUGAUAAUGGCAAAACUCCCUAAUGAUGCCGACUACAAAGCCGGCGAAACGUCUGGGAAUGUACCAAGUCCACUGUCCGACUCUGGAAAUCAUCAUGGAUACUAUGGACUCCAGAAAAGGUGCAUUCCUCUAGGUCUUCCUGCCAAUAUGACCAAGUUGCGAAAACAAAGUCUAAAAACCUAA